AUGGCUCUUCUUCCCCUUCGUUGUAGCGCCAGCGUGAUUAUCCUGGCAGAUCGCCUACUUGCACUAAUGGAAACGAGCCUCACGGGGCGUGAAAUUACCGCAGCGAGACACCUGGCAGGACCGAGUCUUCGCCAGUUGUCAUCACGGCCAAAUACAGAGCAGCCUGGCCAAUCCCUCAUCACUACUACUCAGGAUGGCCCCAAGGACUACCACAUCCUCGCAAAAAUUCCAGGACCUUCCCGCCGCCUCACCCUUCGCAACACCGAGAUCACCCUCGACCAAGCCCGCCACGCCACCAUCGUCACGGCCGAAGCGGCCCUCCAGGCCAUUCGCCGAGGCUCCGAGAUGCUGGACUGA